AUGAGGUUCGGCACGAACAGCGCAACGUCGACAGUGACAACUGCCUUGGUGAUGCUGAGCUUGCUUCUUGUCAACACAUGGAUGCUGACUGCUCAAGCCCAGCCAAUCACAGAUAGCCGAAUAGUAGCCAAGGCUGAAAACAAGCGGUCGCCGAAGCCAACACCCUUGCCACGAGUCCCUACACUCAAACCGCGCUCUACUCCAGACGAGGUAUACGAAUUCUACUCACCUCGUCAACUUGGGGACAGUCACGCUGGUCUGUUGCUAGACCGACGUGGUACACCCGUUGAGCGUCAGGACAAGCCCUCAGUUCCGUUGUCUUCUCUCGGUCCGCCCACCUUCCCUGCCGACAUACCUUCCUGUCCAAAAUGCCAGGAGCGCUACUCAUCCUUAUCAUCCUGCAUGGGCGCAUCCGCUGUUUUCGCCAACGCUUCUUCCAUAUUCAACAAUCCCAUCGGAUACAUCAACGUUAUCAAAUGCGCCUGUACGGAUACGUUCCAAGCGGUCUACCCUCAAUGUCUCGACUGUUUCCAGCGAACAGAUCAAUGCUACUACUUGGGAACCGAUCCGCAGGGAACCGGGGCAAAUGACAUCUUAUCCAAUGUGAGGAACAUAUGUGGAUUGGGAUCGGCUCUACUUGGUGGUGUGGCGAGCGUCAAUGGCGAUAUCGGAACUGAAGUGCCGAGCCAGCCGGGGACGUAUACGGAUGUUACGACAACGGGAGCCGGGUAUAAGGAUGCUAGUACGGGUGCGAUAUUCCAAAGCUCGGCGGGCAGAUCGGCGAUCGACCAUGCAGUGAAGGGCUGGAGAGUGACGGCGAUCGUGGCCAUGAUCACAGGAUUCGCCGUGGUAGGCGGAGCUGUGAGGACUGUGCUUUAG